CCACUUCCUGCAUGCCGGGGCAAAGUUCACUUUGUGAUUGGUGGAUGACCUCAUUCAAGGUGACGGACACGUGAUGCGACCAAUCAGAGACACUCCAUCGUUUUGUAAGCAGCCAAACAGGUGUGCUUACUUCAGUCUCCUCCCCCAUGAGAGAGUUCAAAAUCUGUGUGCUCACCUGGAGAGCUGCUCUGUAUGUCGUCCUCCUGUUCAACACACACACACACACACACACACACACACACACACACACACUUGUUAGGCUGUUGAAGCCAUGUCAGGAACCCAAAGAAAACUCACUAAGAACCCUCUGGAGAAGACCUGGGUCCCAUGGAUGAAAGGCAGGCUGAGCCAGCGCAGAGGCUCAUCGGUGCCCCAGUUCACCAACUCCCCGACCAUGAUCGUGAUGGUGGGACUUCCGGCGAGAGGGAAGACUUACAUCUCCAAGAAGCUCACCAGAUACCUGAACUGGAUCGGCGUCACGACUAAAGUGUUCAAUGUCGGGCAGUACAGACGAGACGCCACGCGUUCCUACAACAGCUUCGAGUUCUUCAGACCCGACAACGAAGAGGCCAUGAAGAUCCGCAAGGCCUGUGCUGUCGCUGCCCUGAAAGAUGUUUGUGACUACUUCACCAGAGAGCUGGGCCAGGUCGUGGUUUUUGAUGCCACCAACACGACCACAGAGCGCAGAGACGUCAUCCUCAGCUUCGCCAAAGAAAACGGCUACAAGGUUUUCUUUGUGGAGUCGAUAUGUGACGAUCCAGAAAUCAUCGCUGAGAAUAUUAAACAAGUGAAGCUGAGCAGUCCGGACUACAUAGACUGUGACAAAGAGGAGGCUGUGGCCGACUUCCUGAAGAGGAUCGAGUGUUACAAGCUGACCUACGUCCCGCUGGACGACAACAAGGACAGGAACUUGUCGUACAUCAAGAUCUUCAAUGUGGGCAGCAGGUACCUGGUGAACCGGGUCCAGGACCACAUUCAGAGCAGAAUAGUCUACUACCUCAUGAACAUCCACGUCACCCCGAGAUCCAUCUACCUGUGUCGCCACGGAGAGAGCGAACUCAACCUCGUGGGUCGCAUCGGGGGAGAUUCUGGGCUGUCGACCCGCGGGGCAAAGUUUGCCAGCGCUCUGGGCACGUACCUGCGUGGACAGUGUAUCAGUGACCUGAAGGUGUGGACGAGCCACAUGAAGAGGACCAUCCAGACUGCAGAGGCUCUGGGGGUCCCGUACGAACAGUGGAAGGCCCUCAAUGAGAUCGACGCUGGCGACUGCGAGGAGAUGACAUACGAGGAGAUCCAGCAGAAUUACCCAGAGGAGUUUGCACUGAGGGACCAGGACAAGUAUCGCUACCGCUACCCUAAAGGAGAGUCUUACGAGGACCUCGUCCAGCGCCUGGAGCCGGUCAUCAUGGAGCUGGAGAGGCAGGAGAACGUUCUGGUCAUCUGUCACCAGGCAGUGAUGAGAUGUCUGCUGGCCUACUUCCUGGACAAGAGUGCUAGUGAGCUGCCGUACCUGAAGUGUCCUCUCCACACGGUUCUGAAACUCACCCCAGUCGCCUACGGCUGUAAAGUGGAGUCUGUCUUCCUCAACGUUGAAGCUGUGAACACACACAGAGACAGACCAGUGAACGUGGACGUGGACAGAGAGCCGGCGGAGGCGUUGGAGACGGUGCCAGAUCACAUCUAGGGACGAGGAGACGACGAGGAGACGACGAGGAGACGACGAGGAGACUCAACGGGGAGCUGGUGUGAUUUAAACCGACCCUCAUGGAAUGUGGCCUUUCUUUUUUUUAAUUUAAGUAAUCCUAAUGUUCACUGUUCUUGUGAUGGUCGUUGUGAAAUAUUUCUCUGAUGGCGUUCAUGUUGUAAAUGCACUUUAUAACGCAGGACUCAGGCCAAAUGUCUGAAGAUGAAGAAGCUUCCUUUACUGUGAAAAACUCCUGCUGAGCACGGCCACGUGACAGGAUCACUGUUUGUUCCUGAACAUACUCGCGUCUUUAUUCACCUGAACUCACGUCGGUUUGAGCCGUUUUGCAUCACGCUAUCCUUGGUGGUUUUGUGGCGAGUACGAGUCGUGGUUUGAGGUGAACCUUGAAGGUUGUGGGAGGUCACCUUUGGACAGCAGACUGUUAACUAGCAGAUCUUAACCUCUUCAAACUGUGCACGUGCAGAGUGGUGACGUGCCGGCAGAUUCCUGUAAUGAGCAAAGACUUCAGUCGAAUAAUAAGACAGAGUGACGUUCAGUGAAAUUUCAAAGACUUUUUCAGCACUUUAGGCUAUUUUCAAGGAAUUCCAGGAGCUCAUAGAUGAUCGGCAAGAAGUGUCGUGCCAAAGCCGCUGAGCUGUCCUGUUCCUCGGCCUGUACGCUCGACUCAUUUUGUAUCACGUGUCAUAUAGUGUCAGAGUAUCCAGAUGAAGCUGGUGGUUGGUGUUUUGGGUGGAUGUGGUCGUGUAACUUGGAGGACUCGUCACGUGUUGACUUAUCGUGCAAACCACAUAUUCCAUAAUCCUUUAAGAGUAAAGCUAAAUGGGACAUUUGGCACUUUAACUGCCCGACGCCGUGAUGUGCCUCACCUUACUCUAUGCACACGCACACACACACACACACACACACGCGCCUCGUACAGAGUGUGUGUUUUUAACUGAGUCAUUUUAAUAAGACGGAUCUGGUGCAGUGUAUCUGUGUUUUUUUUAAAUACUAGAAUAUUUUAAAGCUGACUGGCUGUUUGUUGUUUCGUGGAUCUUCAUGUGCUGCGGUCCGGUUUGUUUCCAGGAUCCUGUAUCAAAGUUUGGCUGUGUGAGCCUGACAUGAGUGAUCAGGAUGACCGGUGUCAUGAAGCUCGUCAUCAUCCGACCUAGUUAACUUUGUUUUUAUUUACUUUUUAUUUCCAGUUAUUACAAAGUGGGCGUGAGGUUAAAACCUCUGGACGCUGUCAGUAAUGUAAUAAUCAUUCAGAAUUUUUUAGCUUUGAGUGUGUUUAGAAGUUGUUUUUAAAUCAGGGUGACAGCCUGGAACUAUUUCAAAAUAGUAGGGUUGCAAAGAGGCAGAAAUUUUCUGGAAACUUUCCAUAUUCCAAAUCGGAAACUCCAUGGGAAUUAUGGAAAUUUCUGUGAAUGAACUGUAAAGUGUGGGUAAUUUAAACUGCAUCAUAUCUAAACAUGCAAAAUAAAACAAAAAACAUUUCAACAGA